CUGAUUUCCCUCCCAACUCUGUGGGGUAUAUAGAGCAGAGAGCUCUCGUCACUGAAGCCAUCUUCUUGGAUGUUGGAAACGGAGAAACUGGAGACUCUUGUGGAAUCUAAGAAUUACAAGCUAGUUUUCUAUCUUCAGACUGGGAGCCACUGAUUAUAUUCUUCUGCUGCUGUGCAUUGUUCACAAUGUCCGCAUUUAAAACGGCAGCACCCGUCGGCUGCGAGCAUCUGGCCACGGUGUGUUCAGGCGCAAACUGCCUCGUUCCUCUCAGUGACUUCAAUGACAAACUCAGCCUGGCGAUGAGCGUAGUGCUCACCCUGAUGCUCGCUAUGGUCAUGUUCUCCAUGGGCUGCACUGUGGAUGCCUCAAAGCUGUGGGGCCACAUCAAGAGGCCCUGGGGCAUCUUCAUCGGCUUCCUCUGCCAGUUUGGCAUCAUGCCUUUCACAGCCUUCGCCUUAUCAUUGGCCUUCGAUGUGCUGCCUGUGCAGGCGAUCGUCAUCAUCAUCAUGGGCUGCUGUCCCGGAGGCUCAGGCUCUAACGUCAUCUGCUACUGGCUGGAUGGAGACAUGGACCUGAGUAUCAGUAUGACAGCCUGCUCCUCCAUCCUGGCCUUGGGGAUGAUGCCUCUCUGUCUGCUCAUUUACACCGCCACCUGGACAUCCACAGGAAGCAUCCAGAUCCCAUACGACAGUAUUGGUAUCACUCUAGUUUCCCUUCUUGUCCCAACUGCUCUGGGAAUGCUUGUUAAACGCAAGUGGCCCCAAUAUGCAAAAAAGAUCCUUAAGGUUGGGUCCUUUGCAGGCUUUGCUCUCAUUCUCAUCAUAGCUGUGGUUGGAGGAAUUCUCUACCAGUCCUCCUGGGACAUUGCUCCAUCCUUAUGGAUUAUUGGAACUAUCUACCCCUUCAUUGGUUUCAGCAUGGGGUUCUUCUUUGCUCGCUUUGCGGGGCAACCCUGGUACAGGUGUCGAACCAUCGGGUUGGAGACGGGUCUACAGAAUUCCCAGCUAUGCAGCACCAUCGUCCAGCUGUCCUUCAGCCCUGCCGAGCUGGAGGUCAUGUUUUCAUUCCCCCUCAUCUACAGCAUCUUCCAGUUACUGGUGUCCGUCAUAUCUGUUGGAGGCUACCAGUUAUAUAAAAAGUAUCGAAAGCCUGUCUCAGAUGAGGCCGACAGUGAGUCUCCAGGCCUGGAAGCUGGUGACGGUGAAUCAGCAAAAAAGGACAUACAUGCUGUGGAAAAUGGUGGCUUUGAGUUUGAUGACAUUAGCAAGACUGAAGAGAAGAGUAGGGAUAUCAAAAGUGGCACCCAGCUGUGAGAUUACAGAACCUGCAAAUCACAGACUUUGGACUUUCAGUAAGACUAUUCAGCACCACAGAACCUCUGAAGACAGCUGAACUCAACACUGUGAUCACACAGUGCACUCUGCAGGCCGGAGGUGUGCAUUACACGUGCCAAUCUGAUCGACUUUGGAAAAUGCUCCACAAGAACACGAGUUCCCAAACAUCUUCCCUAGUAAUAAUAAAUAAUAAUCCAUUUUAUUUAUAGAGCGCUUUACUAAAAACUCAAAGACACUUUACAGAUGUAAAAUUAAUCAAAACAUAAUUAAAACAACACACUUAAAAUAUGUAAAACACAACAUUAAAUGACAGAUUGAAAGCAGUUUUGAAAAGGUGAGUUUUGAUUUGUGAUUUAAACAAGGUGAGAUCGGGGCAGUCACAGAAGUGUUUGGGGAGUGGGUUCCAGAGGGAGGUGGCAGCGAUAGUAUGCCAUAGUAUGCUACAGAAUGGCAAAUAACUGACUCUCACACUGCAUCCUAUUAUGUCUUGUACUGUGAUGCCUUCCUUUACAUUAAUUUAUUUUUAUAUUAACAUGUGCAACCACUUUGGUAAGCAUGUUAUGCGCAUGUUCCUUGAUCAUUUGCAGAUAUUUACAGUCGGCUUUUCUGAAUGAUGGAACUAAAUGUGUGACAUUCAUAAUUUAUCUGAUAAGACACAUUAUUGUGUCAAAAUGUAGAGAAUUAUGAACACUGUUGGGAGCCAAUCUAUUUAAAAAAUAGUUAUGUAUGUUUUUUGUAUAUACUUUAUUCUGAUAGCAGGGGAAAUCAAUGGUAAUUAAAUUCCAUUUUUGGGAUUUGGACACCAAUGCAAACUCCUGUGGUAAUGGGGCUCAGCGCAAUCUUGGCAUUUAAAAAUAUGUAUGCUUUAAAUAAUACUUAUGGUUAACAUAUCCUUCCAAGAUUUUAAAAAAGGAAUAUACUGUAACACUGAUAUAUUUCUUAGACAUAUUCACAAUUAUUGUGAGUCACAAUUAUGAGUCCUCUGUAUAAAUGUGCAAAAAAACCUAAGAAUGCACAUUUUCACGGAUGUAAAAUAUUAAUAUACCAAUAAUGAAAUAUUUUUUAAUUUCCGAUUUACCACACUGUUGAGACAAAUUCCUUCUGAACUGAUGGUUGUUUUAAUAAAAAAACAUAAAAUAAAAACAACAUUUUUGUUGAAAUAAUUAAUGGUUUGUUUUGAAUGUAAGUUUUGUUAUCCAUCUCAAUAAACAUACUAAUAUAUGUUAACAUAG